UGUUGGUGAAAGUCUAUACUGACCUCUACUGAGAUUACUAGAUUUACUCAUUGCUUAAGAAUGCCCCAGUACUCAUAAUCUUAUAAUUCUGUCACAAGAUAUUUGUCUACAUUGAAGAUUAGACCUGCUGAAGUUUCUCUCCACAUAUUUCAGUAGCUCACUGAAGGCUAUUGGAGAUGGCGUCUGAGAAAAAAGACCCUGGUGAAGUUUUGAAGGAUCAGAAUGUAUUACUUCGAAUCCGCAAUCUUCGGUCUGUCAGUUCUGCUCUGGAAUCCAUUGAGAAGACAUACGUACAUACGAAGCAGUCUCAUCCCAUUAUAAGCUCUGUGUGUGGGAUGUAUGAGAAAGGUGUGAGUAGGGCUGGCAGCUUGGCUGUAUGGAGCAUGCAACCUGCCCUGCAUGUACUAGAGAACCAGCUUGUAGCAGCCAACGCAGUGGCCUGCAGAGGACUGGACCAUCUGGAGGAGAAGGUACCAGCCUUGCAGUGUCCACCUGCAGAGCUGGCAGAAAGUAUCAAGGAGCUGAUGUCAUCAACUUUGGAAACCGCCAUGGAUAGUGUUGCCUAUCCAAUCAAACAGACCUCUAAUGUUGUAUUGGACAAGGUGUCUACUCAGUACCAGCAGAGUAAAAAUGCCUUAAGUGACGGCAUGCAUUAUGUCCUUAACAGCAAGCUUGCCUGCCUGGCCGAGCAGAGAGCUGCCAGGGCCCUAAGUCUGAUGGAGGACCUAGUUGACUUUGUCCUUCCUGUAUCUUCAACUGAGACAGAGGAUGAUGGGAGUAUGGGAGAGCAGGAGCCUGAUGUUGGAGCCUCUGGCCCAAAGCCCAGCUUUGGCAGGCUGGGAGCGCUGGCCGGCACCAUCUGCAGACGGGCGUUUGAGAAGACAGCUGCACAGCUCCAGCGCUCCAAACGUCAAGGUCAGGGACUGGUCACAGAGAUCCCUGGCACGAGUUCCAUGGUUGAAUAUACCAUGAGGAGUGUGAAAACCGUAGGAAGUGGAGUACUGGGACUGCCCAACUCUGUGGCAGUGUAUAUGAAACAGCACAGUUUUUUGAAGGAGGUGAUAAAUAAUGAGCAUGAGCAGUUCAAGAGUAACGGGCUGCAGAGGGUAGUCAGUGGAUUAGGGCAGCAGUUACUGAAGGUCUAUGGGUCUGUGGUGACUAAUGUAAAGAGAACCCAUGAAACCAGCUUCAACCUGGCUAAGGAUGGAGUCAGCAUUGUCCUGCGGUCCUUUGGCACAGUCAGGAAGAGAACACUGGACAACCUUUCUUAUUACAGGCUGAUUCCUAGGCAAUCAUCCAAGCCAGAAGGAGGUUCCCAACUGGUGGAAAAAGAUGGAUCAAAAGAAUGUGUGAGUGGUUUCCUAAUAGUGGAGUCCAGUGUAGAAGACCACAUGCACAGUCCCAGUGACGACUCUCAAAAGCAGCCUCAAAAGGUUACAGAGCUCAAGGAGAUAUCAGAGGAGAUCCGUCAGCUAAAGAAAAAGGUCAUGAAGCAGAUUCCCAUUCAGCAGAAAGUAGUUCUUGGUGGCAGCAACAAGAAAGCAUCAACUUCUCCCAGGAAGAGUCUGCCAGAUUGCACACAGAUCACCGCUUCUACUUCAGAAUGAGAAUGCAGCAUAGACAGAGUGGGAUGCAGUUUUCAUUAUUUAUCCUGCAGGUCUGUCAUGUUCAUUUAACGCACAAGGCAUAGCAGUCAUGGAGUAUGAUUUCUAAAGUGCUGGGAGAGGGGUAUGUCAACUAUGGAAUAAUUUUUUCCGCCACUGAAUAAUUUUUUUUUUUUUUUCUGAGAAUUACAUGAUACAAACUCACAAUUGUAAGUUAUAAAGUGAGAAUUGCGAGAUAUAAACUCACAAUUCUGACUUUUUUUCUCACUAUUGCGAGCUUACAUCUCGCAAUUCUGGCUUGAGAAGACAAAAAAAAAAGCCAGAAUAGUGAGAUAUAAACACGCAAUUGCGAGGUAAAGUCAGAAUUACAAGUUUAUAUCUUGCAAUUGUGACUUUAUAUAACGCAAUUCUGAAUUCAGAAUUGCAUGAUAUAAACUUGCAAUUGCAAGUUAUAGGUUAUAUAAGUCAGAAUUGCUAGAUAUAAACUCGUUUUUCUGACUUUUGUUUAUAUCUCGCAAUUCUGACUUUUUUUCUCAGAAUUGUGAUAUAAACUCAUAAUUCUGACUUUUCCUCACAAUGUCGUGUUUAUAUCUCUUGUGAUUCUGACUUUUUUUUAGAAUUCUGUAAUAUAAACUUCUAAUUCUGACUUUAUUUCUAACAAAUGCAAGUUUUUAUCUCAAAAUUCUCACUUUUUUCUCAGAUAUGUAUAUGAACUCGUUCUGACUUUUUUUCUUGAAAUUGCAUCAUAUAAACUCGUAAUUCUGACUUUAUUUUUCGCAACUGUGAGUUCAUAUCUCGCGAUUCCGACUUUUUUUCAGAAUUACAUGAUAUAAACUCGCAAUUGCAAGUUAUAUAUCAGAAUUGUGAGAUAUAAACUCAUAAUUCUUAGUUUUCUCACAAUUACGAGUUUAUAUCCUACAGUUCGGACUUUUUUUCUCAGAAUUGCAUUAUAUAAGGUCAGAAUUGCAAGAUAUAAACUCGUAAUUCUGACUUUUUCUUCAAAUUGUGAGUUAAAAUCUCAAUUCUAACCUUUUCCUCAGAAUUGCGUCAUAUAAACUCAUAAUUCAGAUUUUUUUCUCGCAAUUGCGAGUUUAUAACUCAUAAUUCUGACUUUUUUCUCAGAAUUGCGAGAUAUAAAAUUGUAAUUCUGACUUUAUUUCUCGCCGUUGCGACUUUCUUUUUAGAAUUUUGAUAUAAACUUGCAAUUGCAAGUAAUGAAGUCAGAAUGCAACAUAUAAACUCGUAAUUCUGACUUUUUCUUGAAAUUGCGAGUUAAAAUCUCAAUUCUGACCUUUUUCUCAAAAUUGCGUCAUAUACUCAUUCUGAUUUUUUUUCUCGCAAUUGCAAGUUUAUAACUCACAAUUCUGACUUUUUUCUCAGAAUUGCAAGAUAUAAAAUUUUAAUUCUGACUUUAUAUCUCGCCGUUGCGACUUUCUUUUUAAAAUUUUGAUAUAAAC